AUGAAAAUUCCAGUACAACUCACGAAUUUCGUCUACGGUGCUAUAGCUGAACUUGUGGACAACUCUCGAGAUGCUAUGGCAAACAAUUUACAUAUCGACUACACUCCAAAUGAAGAAUACGGUGGUAUGUUAUCUAUACUCGAUGACGGAUGCGGUAUGGAUAGAAAAGAGGCUAUUUCUGUGGUAUCGUUUGGUCAUUCCCUCAAAAGGAUGGAGCCGGGUAUGAUUGGACAAUACGGAAAUGGAUUAAAAUCCGGUGCGAUGCGUAUUGCCAAAGAUUUCAUUAUGUUUACGAAGAAAGAUGGGUUGCUGACGUGUUUGUUGUUAUCAAGAACGUUUCAUGAAAUGUACUCAUUGAAGGAGGUUUUCGUACCAGUCGCGUCAUUCACAUUGGAAGGCGGUACACGUGCUAUGUACUGUGAUUCACAAACCCAGGCGAAGAUGCACUCUCAGUCGAUGGACGUGAUCUACAAUUACACGCCUUUUGAUUCUCAGGACGCACUUUUUGAACAGUUUGAACGUAUUAGUGGCCAAUCAGGUACACUUAUCGUGCUGUUCAACAUGAGACGUAUCGAAACUGGUGAUUUCGAACUAAACUUUGAUACGCCAUAUGAUGUACGACUGUCGAAUUUUGAGGAGCAAAGGGAGGAGGAGCGCAACUCCUUGAGAGCGUACUUGUCUGUACUUUAUCUCAACCCGCGUAUGAAGGUCUAUCUUCGUGGCAAGAAAGUGUUAACAAAGAGGAUCUUGAGUACUUUAUUAUACCCGUAUAGAUACAAUUAUACAGCGAAAAAUCUGAAAGCAUGUGCUACAAAGGAAUUCGAGAGAUGCGAACAGAAAGUGAAAGAGGUGAAAGAAAUGCUUCGGCUUGUCGUCAUCAGCUCUUGGCGAAUUCGAAGCAAAGCACCGUGGUCAGAAUAUCCACGCUAA